AAUUCCACGUGAUUGUCGCAGCAAAACAUGGCGGACGCUGAAGAUGGGUUUGAGUCGUCUAGUUGUCAUACCAUGAUCGACCUUGAAUCGCUUGGAACCGGAACGCCAAACAGUUCGUGUAGUACACCAGAUCUUGAGCUAAGAGGGAACGAGAGCUGUUUGGUUGAUAAUUCUAAACAAACACCUAAAGGAGACGGAUCCCCUGCGAUCAAUUCAUGCGAAUCAAGCUUCCCUAACGAAACUAGUGCCGCUUUCUUACAUUCCAAAAAGAGAGAAUUAGACAAUAAUGAAGCAUCUUCUGCUGGAGCAAACUGUAAAGAAAAAAGAAGAGGAGGCCUAAAAUCUGCCGUUACUAAGGACGAAUGUGCCGUGGAAUGCAAGUGGAUUUCGUGUCAUGUAGUAUUUCAAAGCGUCGCUGAAUUAUCAGAACAUGUUAGGACUGCUCACGUUGAACCGAUGUCCACUCAUGAUGUUUUUGUCUGUUUGUGGGAAGGCUGUAAAGUGUUUGAUAAACCGAGCUUAUCACACUCGUGGCUAUCAAAACACGUUAAUGCACACACAGGUGUUAAACCCUUUAAAUGUAUGAUAAGUGGAUGUUCUAUGACAUUUUCUUCGAGAGAAGGUCUAGCGAGGCAUGUACCGUCACAUUUUAACGAUUCCAAGCCAGCAAAAAGACAGAGAUCGGAAAACGAUUCCUCGCCCAAGAAAGUAAUGAAAAAGAAGAAGAAGAAAAUAAGGAUUCUUCGGCAGGCCAAACCUCCGGUGCAAGCGGUGAAAGAAGACUUUAUUGACCAGCAUGCAGUGAGCAGUAUAAAAGAGAAGUUACCGCAUGUAAUGCCAGUGUCCUGCUAUAGACUCGGUAUUGAUGGCGCAAACAUCGUUUUUCAAAGUAAGGUUCUUGGAAGAAGGACUGAGGAAGAGUCUGGAGACGUAGAUGUACUGUUGAGAUGGCUCCCUGAAGACAUAUUGCCAGACGAAUGGGUUCCUCUCAAUGAGGUGCAAAAGCAUAGGACACGAACGGUGCACAUCUCUCAGCUCCCAAAUGACGUGGCUGCCGAUUUGGAUCCCUCGUUCUACAGACGGUUUUCGCACAGAAAACAUCACCGUAAAUGACAUGAGUGCUUGCUUCUACAGCGUUUAGAAACGUCCUAGUUAUGACGCAUGCGUGUAAAAUUAGUAGCGAACUGUACCACUAACAUACUCUUAAUUCCGGCGUCCUAGUCCCUAGCUCCCUCUGACGCUCUUGCUUUCUCAGGAGAAACUUUUUUCCCUUUUCUGUUUUUUUUUUUUAAGAGAAUAUUCCAUUUCACACCUUUGGUGUGAAAUGGCAAACUGUGUCUUUAUUCAUAUUACCAACUUGCAUAGUAGUUUAUGGAAUCCUUAAAAACUUUUUUACUUUCCAUACUCACUUUACAGUGUGGCGGCUACAUACAUUGGACCGCUAAAUGGAGAGAUUUAAUGGUGAAAAUUUCUUCUGGACUUAAAUGAUAGCCGGUAAAAAGGACUCAGUUAACUCCCAAAUGACUACUCUUUUUCACGUUUCCGUUUUCUGUUUCAGAAGAAAAAAAAAACACGUUUUUUGUUGUAGAAAACGAAAUUCUCUGUGGCACCUUGAUGAAAAUUGUACACUUGUGAUUACAGGCAGAAAGAAAGUGAGUAACGAGAUGUGGACGGGUGCCAUUUUUCUCGUGUUAUUGUCCUAUAUUGGUGUCUAGUGUCCUCACACGACUCUGCUGACAGAAAAAAA